GGGGCGAGAAAAGGGCCGGGGGCUGAGCGGCGGCAGCUUGGGCGCGGGUCGCGGCCGGGAUGCGCCUGACGCAGAGCAUGUGCACCAUCGCCGAGUGCGCGCCCGGCGGCGACCCCGCCGCCCGGCCCCGCCUCGUCAAGAUCGCGGUGGUGGGGGGCAGCGGCGUGGGCAAGACAGCGCUCGUGGUGCGGUUCCUCACCCGGCGGUUCAUCGGUGACUACGAGCGGAACGCAGGUAAUCUCUACAGCAGGCACAUCCAGGUAGAUGGAGAGAUGUUGGCUAUCCAAGUGCAAGAUACUCCAGGAGUUCAGAUCCAUGAACACAGUCUGGAUUGUAAUGACCAGCUGAACAGAUGCAUUCGCUGGGCAGAUGCCCUGGUGAUUGUCUUCUCCAUCACUGACUAUAAGAGCUUUGAACUACUCAGUCACCUUUACCACCAUGUUCGACAGCUGCAUCCAGGGAACGUGGUCCCUGUCGUCAUUGUGGCAAACAAAGCUGAUCUCUUGCAUAUCAAAGAGGUGGAGCCUCAGCAGGGACUUCAGCUGGCCAAUAUGCUGGGCUGUACUUUCUAUGAAGUAUCUGUCAGUGAAAACUACAACAACGUCUUCAAUGCCUUCCAUCUCCUCUGUAAAGAAGUCAAUAAACAGCAAAUAACCAGCACCCCUGAGAGGAGGAGAACCUCUCUUAUUCCACGGCCAAAAUCCCCCAACAUGCAGGACCUGAAGAGAAGGUUUAAGCAAGCUUUGUCUGCCAAAGUGAGGACUGUCACUUCUGUUUGACAGCACAGCCCUUGGUCUACCCAAUGUUUAGCUUGAGAUUGAAACCUGGGGUGUUUAACACUGGCACAUGUAGAAUCCAAGGUAUUGUGAAAGGAGGUUUAAAAAAGGAACAGUAUCAGAUUAGAAAAGGAAAAAAAACCAUAAAACCUCCUGAAAAAGUUCUAGUAUGCAACUUGUUGAACAAAUAUUUUCAUUUGGAAAGGGAACUUUUCAGUAAAUGAAACAAUUUGCCUUUUCCCCAGUUGGACAGAUUUGGCUUUCAUUUGUGCAGAAACAACCUUUUUGCUGUAACUCAACUUGAGCAGGGAAGUACCCUGAACUGCAGGUCCCUGUUCAGAAGUAACCACUUGAGUUUUGUUCUCACAUGGAUGAAGGACAGCAUGAUGCAACUGUUUAAUUUUAUUGCACAGUAGAACUGGGUUGUUUUCUGUGUAUUUCAAAACAAAUAAGCAAACAUCAAAUGGUUCUGUAAAAAAAAAAGUGUAAAAUAAGUAGGCAGAACUGAGCACCAAGACUGUAAACAAUGGUCCUUUAUUUUUUACUAGCCAUGUUAUUGCUGACAACUUGACCUUACUCUUUGUAUGCAAAGCUAUUGUCCACAGGGUGUAAACAUAUCUAAUUACAAACAACUUUUACUGUCCUAAAAGAGUACUUUCCAGACUAAAUUCAACAUGGAGCUUCUGAGGAAUGUGUGUGGAGUGAUAGUCUAAUACAAAUGCCAUUCUAAGACAUCCUUCUCUCUCUCCUGUGUGCAGUAAGCACAAAAAGAACAAAAGGUGUGAAGCAUGGCUGGCUCCAGGCAAUGAAGCUGAUGGCUUGUUCUGAGCUGAGCCAGACCCACUUCUUUCUUAAACACAUGGCAGAGUAUAUAAAUACUUAAUUUUUUUUUAAUAUUGAGCCAAUGGAGUUCAGAGCCUAAGGGCCUUAUACAUAUGCACUUUAAAAAGCCAGUUGUGCUUUUGUUUAAACUAUAACUUAUUUAUUUUGUGUAUAGUUACUCCUCUUAGGGAGUGGACUUUUCAUUCUUACUGCCUGGUUCAACAUUAAAUUUUUGAAUUGCA